AACUUUUGGGAAAGUUAGUCAUAGGAAUUAACUUAUCUUAAACAGAAAAUGAUAUUAUUUCUACUGUCCAGGAUCUGAUUGUCAGUAUUAAUAAGACAGCGAAACAGUAGGCCCUCAGUAAAAACAGACCUGCGUAUUCUUCUCCUAGUGAAAGGUUCUUUUUCCAUGGUGGAAACAGGAAAAUCGAAGCAUGUGGUAGCAGAAGUAACUUGGUCCAUGGGGUGAGGUCAUCGUGCGGUAAGGAACUUGUGACGCCUCUGCUUGCUGAAGUCAGGUCGGCCCCUGGAGGGUCUCAGCACAUAUUGACUUGCUGGAAGCAGGAGCAGGUGGUCUUUCUAGAUACGUCCAGGCUACUCUGCUGUUUGGCUGGAGUGAGCCGCUGCCUGGGUUUUCAGGGAAAGCUAACCGCCAGGGAGCGGAUCAGCCUCUUACUGGAUCCAGGCAGCUUUGUGGAGAGUGACAUGUUUGUGGAACACAGAUGUGCUGAUUUCGGGAUGGCUGCUGAUAAGAAUAAGUUUCCUGGAGACAGCGUGGUCACUGGACGGGGUCGAAUCAAUGGAAGAUUGGUUUAUGUCUUCAGUCAGGAUUUUACAGUUUUUGGAGGCAGUCUGUCUGGAGCACAUGCCCAAAAGAUUUGCAAAAUCAUGGACCAGGCUUUAACAGUGGGGGCUCCGGUGAUUGGGCUGAAUGACUCUGGAGGUGCUCGCAUCCAGGAGGGAGUGGAGUCCUUGGCUGGCUAUGCGGACAUCUUCCUGAGGAACGUCAUGGCAUCCGGAGUCAUCCCUCAGAUUUCUCUGAUCAUGGGCCCGUGUGCUGGAGGGGCUGUCUACUCCCCGGCCCUCACAGACUUCACAUUCAUGGUGAAGGAUACUUCCUACCUGUUUAUCACUGGCCCUGACGUAGUGAAGUCUGUCACCAAUGAGGAUGUCACUCAGGAGCAGCUGGGUGGUGCCAAGACCCACACCACCAUGUCAGGUGUGGCUCAUAGAGCUUUUGAGAAUGAUGUCGAUGCCCUGUGUAACCUCCGCGAGUUCAUCAACUACCUGCCCCUCAGCAGCCAGGACCCGGCUCCCAUCCGAGAGUGCCAUGAUCCCAGUGACCGUCUGGUUCCUGAGCUUGACACGAUUGUCCCUCUGGAAUCAACCAAAGCCUAUGACAUGCUGGACAUCAUACACUCUGUUGUUGAUGAGAGAGAAUUUUUUGAGAUUAUGCCCAAUUAUGCCAAGAACAUUGUUGUUGGUUUUGCCAGAAUGAAUGGGAGGACCAUUGGAAUUGUUGGCAACCAGCCCAAGGUGGCCUCAGGAUGCUUGGAUAUUAAUUCAUCUGUGAAGGGGGCUCGCUUUGUCAGAUUCUGUGACGCAUUCAAUAUUCCACUCAUUACUUUUGUUGAUGUUCCUGGAUUCCUGCCUGGCACGGCACAGGAAUAUGGAGGCAUCAUCCGGCAUGGCGCCAAGCUGCUCUACGCAUUUGCUGAGGCAACGGUGCCCAAAAUCACAGUCAUCACCAGGAAGGCCUAUGGAGGUGCCUACGAUGUCAUGAGCUCCAAGCACCUUCUUGGUGACACCAACUAUGCCUGGCCCACUGCUGAGAUCGCAGUCAUGGGAGCAAAGGGUGCUGUGGAGAUCAUCUUCAAAGGGCACCGGGACGUGGAAGCCGCCCAGGCAGAGUAUGUGGAGAAGUUCGCCAACCCAUUCCCUGCAGCAGUGAGAGGAUUUGUGGAUGACAUUAUCCAGCCCUCCUAUACUCGUGCUCGGAUCUGCUGUGACUUGGAUGUCUUGGCCAGCAAGAAGGUUCACCGGCCCUGGAGGAAACAUGCAAAUAUCCCAUUGUGAACAGAUGGAAGGAAAACAGACCAGCCCAAGCUACUGGCUGUUUAUAGCCCAUCCCUGCCUUUCUCAAUCAUGAAAACCUGGGAAUCUAACUACCAGUAAUAACUUAGAAGGUUAUUAAAUCUUAGAAAAAGCUCUUGUGCCUUGCUAUAAAAUUAUUUGCUCUAUUAAAAAUCUAAAUUGAUA